CAAAAGCUCAACUCCAUCUAUUUCUUAAACUAUCACUUGCUCUAACCCUCCAUCCACAUUGUGAGAACUAUAGAGAACUAUUGCUGAGUUAUUUAGAAACGUGGAAUGGAAACUCAAGCAGGCUUUGUUGAAAAUGGUGGCGGUGUGGCUGUCGGUUUUUUUGUAAGACAGUGUCAAAACUGUUUUUACAUGUUCCACGAAACUGAUAUGCGUACUGUUGGUUGUUUCCACUUGGGGUUUUGUUUUUUGUGUUAUCAAAAAUUUGAGCUGGAUUAUCUCAUUGAUGGGGCACCCCCGGCACCCAGGCUGCCUUCGCCGGCACCGUGUCUCCUAUGUACGAAGAUCAUGAACUCAGGUGGUCCUUUGAAUCCAUUGUUGAGAACAGUGGUGGUGUGGUUGCCGGUUGUUUUGUGAGACAGUGUCAAAACUGUUUUUACAUGUUCCACGAAAAUGAUAUGCGUACUGUUGGUUGUUUUCAUCUAGGGUUUUGUUUUUUGUGUUAUCAAAGAUUUGAUCUGAAUUAUCUCAUUGAUGGGGCACCCCCGUUACCCAGGCUCCCUUCGCCGGCACCUUUGUCCCCUAUGUAUGAAGAUCCUGAACUUGGGUGGUCCUUUGAAUCUUUUGGUGAUGCUUCAGGUAACGCCCUGGGGACGCCCCCCACUGAUCUAACUGACCAUGUGACCCUCAGGCUUUCCGCGCGCACGGUCUGUUUGAACAAGCGUUACUUCAACGCGGAUUUUGUUGUCGGCUUGGAUUUCGGUUGGCUUGCUAAAUAGCUUUGACCAGAUGUAAAUUUUAGUUUAAGGGGAUGUGGUUGCUUAUGUUCAGGGGUGGAGUGUGCUGAAUGUGACUAAUGUACUCCUAUUUUGUGUUUGGCCCCUUAUUGGUCUAUAGUAUUAAUGUUUAGAAUGUUAUGUUGAUGCCUUUUAUGAUAUCAGAAUAGAUCUAUUUAUGUUCCA